UUGCAGGAUGAAGACCAUCCUCAGCAACCAGACCGUGGACAUCCCCGAGCAAGUCAGCGUCUCGCUGAAGGGCCGGACCGUCAUUGUCAAGGGCCCCAGGGGCACCCUGCGGCGGGAUUUUAACCACAUCAACGUGGAGCUGUCCCUCCUGGGAAAGAAGCACAAGAAGCUGCGUGUUGACAAGUGGUGGGGUAACAGAAAGGAGCUGGCAACAGUUCGCACCAUUUGCAGCCAUGUACAGAACAUGAUAAAGGGUGUCACGCUGGGCUUCCGUUACAAGAUGCGGUCGGUGUACGCGCACUUCCCCAUCAACGUGGUCAUACAGGAGAACGGGUCGCUGGUGGAGAUCCGGAACUUCCUGGGGGAGAAGUACAUCCGCAGGGUGCGCAUGCGGCCAGGUGUUUCCUGUGCAGUAUCUCAAGCCCAGAAAGAUGAGCUGAUCCUUGAAGGAAAUGACAUUGAAUUGGUUUCCAAUUCAGCUGCCUUGAUCCAGCAAGCCACAACAGUCAAGAACAAGGAUAUCAGGAAGUUCCUGGAUGGUAUCUAUGUCUCCGAGAAAGGAACAGUACAGCAGGCAGAUGAGUAAAGCUCUUUGAUAGGUUG